AAAAAAUCAAAAAAACAAGCGGGUGACAAUUCCAAGCUAUGACAGGCCACCCGUGCCCGACUGACAGCUGAGUUGUGAUCCGAAGAGGCGCAUUUGGCAAGGCUUUCCACCCGGCAAACUUCAGCCGCAAUACCUACAGCAAAUCAUGCACUUCUGCUCCAGAUAUUUCUGGACUCAAUGUCACUCUCGUGGCGCACAUGGAAUAAUCUCGUUGGUUGUUUGGAAAACAAUUUCCUUGGCUUCAGAAUGUGUAGCGAGACGCGUCUUUCUUUGGCAAGUUCGCAAGUUACAUGCAUCGACCUGCGCCGCAUGUCUUGAAGUACGGGCUCUCUUUGGGAGCAAUUGACUCAUGAAAUCGGUCCACUGACAUUUGUGUUGGUGUUUCUUUUAUAUACCCUUUUCCCGACUCUUGUCGUGAACUUUUGGGCAUCUCCUUCGCAUCGUUGAACUUUCCCACAGCUAAGGUCCUGUGAUAAUUUCCAUGGUGAUGUCUCACAGAAUGUUUGUCGUUCUGUCGAUUCUUUUUCAAGUCCUGGUUGUCAACGCCGCUGGUUUCGCCGAGGUUCUCCUUCGAGAUGUGCUUCUUCCCCGUUCUCCAGCAGGCGCCUUGAUUGGGGAUGCCGUAGGAAUCUUCGAUGGAAGUCCAAUCGUCCAAGUCCGAGCAUUACCCUCUGCUUGCAACUAUGUUUACAGUGCUAUCGGUUACUGUUCUUCUGUGAGUCCUGGUUGGAUCUCGGCACCAACAAAAACACAAGCAACGUGUUUGUGUUACAGCUCCACGAGUUGGAUCCCAAGCGUUUUUGACAAUUCCGUAUCCUCUUGUACGUAUUCAUCGGUGUGGUAAACAUAACGAAAGUGCUGAUAGCAUCUAGGUGCACAAUAUGUCAAAACAGUAGAUCCACAAGACUACUCAGUUAUCGCCAAUCUCGGUGGAUUCUGUUCCAGCGCUGGCAACGUUCGAGGUAACAACAUCGCUACAAGCACCAGAACUCCAACAAGUCCCACAGCAGCAUCAACAACCGCUGCACCCUCCUCAUUAUCUCCAUCACCAACCAUUACCCCCGGACCCACAACCGCCAGACCCCCCCUAAACGCCGCUCCCGGCUGCUCCACCGUCUCCCGCAUCCUCAACAGCUGCAGCUCCCUCACAAAAGGCUUCACCGACCUCCCAGCCCGCAGCCAAGCCUCCUGCCUCUGCUACACAUCCUCCACCUACGCACCGGGGAACUUCGACGACAACGUGCAAACCUGCGCCAGCUUCGUCUCUACGGCCACGCCUACCGCGUAUCCCGUUUUCUCGGCGCUGCAAAACUUUUGCGGCGAUGAAGGGGAUUUUAGUGCGGGUGUAGUAAGUGGAAGUGCAAGUGGUAGUGCCAGACAGACGACUGCUGUGUUGAGUGGUGCUGGUAUCUCGGCUUUGAAUGGUGGGGGAGGGGGACCUACAGAUCCGGGUAUUACUACGACUGUACCCCCCACGACGGCGCCUCCUCCAAACAAUGGACCUGUAACGGUUACUGGGGGAUUGCCGAUUCCUACGGUGCUUGGGUCGGGUGCGGGGAGGGAAGUGUCAGGGUGGAAUAAUAUUGUUUUGGGGAUUGGAUCUGUGGCCUUCUCUGUUUUUCUUUUCCUGUGA